AUGAUGAUCCCUGAGCCUGAAAUGUUUCCCUCUCUCACCGCAGCUUCUCCCUCGGAGACUUCCGUGGUGCCUCUUCCUACGGUGAUUCCGGGUCUCCCAAUCACCCAGGAGCUAGGCGUCACCGGCAAGCGAACUCUCUGGGUCGUGACCGUGUUGAUGGGCAUCUCCUCGCUGGUCUUCUACAGUCUUGCCGCCCGUGCACCAUUGGUAAGCUCUCCUGCAACCGCGCAGUUUAAGCACCGCACUAACCCCCGCAUCCCGCAGACCAAGCGGGUAUUCCACACUUUAAGUGCGCUGAUCACCACCAUCUCCUUCAUCACCUACCUCGCCCUUGCCACCGGCCAGGGCACCGACUUCAAGUACGCCCACGUCCUGCAGAAGCACAAGCAUGUCCCCAACACCCACGACGAUGUCUUCCGUGAAGUUCUGUACCUCCGCUUCGUGAACUGGGCCCUCACUACCCCCCUGCUCCUCAUCAACUUCGCCCUCCUCUCCGGCCUUCCGGGUGCCCAUCUGUUGGCAGCUAUCGCGGGCACAUGGGUCUCGCUUGCCGCGGGUUACCUGGGCUCUUUCGCUGAGCACACCUCCGUGCGUUGGGUCUGGCUGACGAUUACCUGUCUCGGGUUCUUGGUGAGCCUGCACCACGGUGGGUUCCACGCUCAGCGGGCGGCCCGGAACAAGGAGGCUCAGACCCAGCGGUUCUUCACGGCUCUCUCGGGCGCGGGAUUUGUCGUUUCGGCACUGUAUCCGAUUGCCUUGGCUGCUGGUACCCUCGCCCUGAAGAUCAGUGUCGAUGUCGAGACCAUCUUGUUUGCUGUCCAGGACAUUUUCGUUCAGGGCAUUUUGGGCUACUGGCUGCUGCUCACGCAUGACAGCGCGACUGGAGUGACCCUCCAUCUGGAUGGUUUCUGGUCGCAUGGCGCUGGCAACGAGGGCACGAUCCGCCUCGCUGAGGAAGAGGGCGCUUAA